AUGAUUGUCCCAGAACCUAAUCCGAGUUUAUCCCCAGUCCCGCUCCAGAACACAGCCCAAGUUUAUCCCCAGUCCCACUCCAGAACACAGCCCGAGUUUAUCCCCAGUCCCGCUCCAGAACAGAGCCCGAGUUUAUCCCCAGUCCCGCUCCAGAACACAGCCCGAGUUUAUCCCCAGUCCCGCUCCAGAACACAACCCGAGUUUAUCCUCAGUCUCUCUCCAGAACACAGUCCGAGUUUAUCCCCAGUCCCACUCCAGAACACAGUUGGAGUUUAUCCUCAGUCCCACUCCGGAACACAACCUGAGUUUAUCCUCAGUCCCACUCCGGAACACAGCCUGAGUUUAUCCUCAGUCCCGCUCCGGAACACAGCUCGAGUUUAUCCUCAGUCCCACUCCGGAACACAACCCCUCCUGUAG